CAGUGGAACGUCUGUUACGUAACGUAAUUUGUUGCACUGUCAACACCGUUUGUACUUGCAAGGUAUGGUGGCUCGGCGAGAUUUCGAGCUCUCCAACGUAGUCACAAGAAAAACGAAGUAGCUUUGUAUUUCACAUCUCCACAUCGCUUAUUAUUAGACAGCAGCUUUCGUUUUAAAGCCUGUAACAGUGCAUGCCAAUAUCUUAUGGUCCAUUCGCGUUGUGGCUGCUGGCUGGCUUGUUAUUUCAUAACCUGAUAAACCUAGCCAGUCCUGUUGUGCAUUGGGAAAGGAUAGACAGCUAGCUUGUUAACAAUGGCAACCAUGCGUCGUCCAAGGUACUCUCUCCGAGACUCUCUGUACUGGGAUGAGACUGAGUGCCUGACGUACUAUGGGAUGCUCUCUCUACACGAGAUGUUUGAAGUUGUCGGUUCUCAACUGACAGAGACAGACGUUGAGGUGCUGUCAUUCCUCUUGGAUGAGACCUAUCCGGCUGGAGGGCACCCCUUGGACCCAGCUGGCUGGACCAGCGAGCCCGGUGAGGAAGACCCUGAGGCCAGUAAAGGAGUCUCCCCCAGCCCAGUGCUCCUGGAGGCCUGGCGGCGGUUACAGCCCAAGGGUCCUGCCUUGGCCUGCCCUACUGCUGCCCGCCACAAGCCCAAGAGUGGUCUAGAACUGCUGCUGGAGCUGGAGAGACGUGGGUACCUCAGUGAGGGUAACCUGGAGCCCCUGUUGCAGCUGCUGCGAGUCUUGACGCGGCAUGACCUCCUGCCUUUGGUGUCCCGCAAGAAAAGGAGGACAGUAUCACCAGAACGUUUCAGAGUGGACUACGGGACAGAGGACAGAAGACAGGUUUGCACAUCUGGACUGACUGACCCCUAUGCACAGACAGAAUCACAUGACGAACACACCACACAGCAAUGGAGGGGGGGUGUUGACUCUGCCAGGCCAACGCCCGCCCCCCUACGGAAGAAGAGGGGUAAAGGCCGCCGCUGGACCAGCAAGCCCACCGCCCACAGGAGAAGAACGGGCAUCCCCGAAACGCCUCCCCCACCUAUACCUGAGAAAGUGACCUGCGACAUUCGUCUGCGUGUGCGAGCAGAAUACUGGGAGCAUGAGUCGGCUCUGCGCGGCGGCGUCUCCUCGGACAAGCAGCAGCCCCUGGAGCGGCAGUUUGAGCUGUUCAGUCGUGCCACCUCCGUGCUGCGCGCCCGCGACCUGGGCUCCAUCAUAUGCGACAUCAAGUUCUCAGAGCUGGACAACCUGGAGGCCUUCUGGGGGGACUAUCUGAGUGGAGCGCUGCUAGAGGCCCUGAAGGGGGUGUUCAUCACAGACUCUCUGCGGAGGGCGGCGGGGAGAGAGGGGGUCCGGCUGCUGAUCAGUGUGGACCAGGAUGACUACGAGGAGGGUCGCAGACUGCUGCUGGACGCACAGGAACAACAGGCCGGCUGCUGGGGACGAGACAGGUCAUGAGCCCAAGGAUAGAGGAAUGAAAAGGAGAAUAAAAUAUGAAAAGGAACAUUUUUUUUUUUCUUCUCCUUUUUAAGUCUCUCAUGCUGAGAACAGAGAAUACAGCCACUCCUAGGUCAGGGGAAUAGUCCCCAGGGAAAACAGCCAGACUUGAAGUGAAGGCAAACUGGACUAAAAGACUUGACACGCUGUUCUGUUUGGAAUUGAUAACACAAGUUGCGCUGAGCCUAGAUGCCCUCAGGGCACUGAGGAAGAGACUGCCUUUGUUACACACACACACAUACACAGAGACAAACUAAACUUCCACUGUAACACACACACAAACUACCACUGUAUCAAACAUACACGCUCUGUAAAAUCAUCCACAUGAUGAACCAUCAGCGCUGCCUGUAAGACUCAUUGAAGCCUAGAGACAUUUCUUGCUAACAGUGACAGCCCAGAUACCAACUAGACUGUGCGCUAAUGCUGAGAAUCUCUGGUUAUGUUUGAGGAGCGUGUGAGAUGCCCUGCAAGGCGAACUUCACCCAUCUAAAUAUUAGUUUGCGUUUCCAUUGAAAUGCAUGAUUUUGAAAAGAUGAGCGAGACUGCAGCUCUCAGACACUGAGGGAGAGAUGAUGGGGAAAUGACUAAAGCAUGAGAUUAUGUUUUGACCUUUUGGGAGAGAAUUAGAAAUAGAUGGCGAAGGGAAGACUACCUGAGGACAGUGUAGUGGACAAAUUGCUGGUCCUUCGAGAACUCCAGUCCACACACACACACACACACACACCAUGAUCACAAGCCACUGGUAGUCCCAUCACUGUGCCAUGCUAACCCAGGGCCUGAUAGCUGUGGUCAGUGGCCAUCUCAUCUCAGAUGCCAGGAGAUGAUGGGAGUGAUUACCUCUCAACCUCAGCCAACCAUGGAGAACUCAUCACAUCACCACAAGUUGUUGAACAGCAGCUGGGAUAACACACACUAGGCUGUGCUCACCCCGGCUUCCAGCAAGGCCACUGCCUUUCCCAUUGGAACUGGAGCACAGGACAGUGCUUCAGUCAAUAAAACUGAUGUGGAGGAGAUCAAAAUCAGAAGGAUACAUCCUAGUUCCACUCAGCCCUGCCUUGUAGGCCCCACUAGUGGCUCACAGAGCGCUGUCUGUCUCUAGUCUAGUCACCCUGGUGGAACUAAUGCCUGAACUCGUCUGAGUGGGAUCAAUAACCCCCUCUGUCUCUCCACCACCACCGUGGGAGGAGAAAGAGGAAGGGGGAGAGGAGAGGAAGGGGAAAGAGAGGAGAGGUAGGAGAAGGGGAAAGAGAG